CCUUCACUUCUGAGCUUUUUGGGGUAUCGAUUACAUGACAACACUUUGGAACAAGAGGAAAUAGAACACAGUCGGUAUAAGCAUAAAUUAGAAACUAUCCUCAAAUAUCAUGACAAAACAUCUGAAACCGGGAAAAUAGCACGCGCUGUUAAAAAAGUUCCAG